AAGAGGGAGGGGCAUUGUUAAUAGCCGGGGCUGAGACACCGAAAGGGCUUUUUGGUCGGUGGCUGCGGCGCGGCGGGGCUCUCCGGGCUGCGGCGGGAGCUCAGCGAUGGAUGGACUGGCGGUGGAGGUCCGCGGCUCCAACGGCGCCUUUUACAAGGGGUUUGUGAAAGAUGUGCACGAAGACUCCAUCACCAUCGCAUUUGAAAAUAACUGGCAACCUGAACAACAGCUUCCCUUCAGUGAUGUGCGCUUGCCCCCACCCGCGGACUUCAACAAAGAGAUCACCGAAGGAGAUGAGGUCGAGGUAUAUUCGAGAGCUAAUGAACAUGAGCCCUGUGGAUGGUGGCUGGCCAGGGUCCGGAUGAUGAAAGGAGAUUUUUAUGUCAUAGAGUAUGCCGCCUGUGAUGCCACUUACAAUGAAAUAGUCACGAUGGAGAGACUUCGCCCGGUCAAUCCCAACAAGACUGCCACCAAGAACCUGUUCUACAAACACACCAUUCCUGUGCCAGAUGAUCUCAAAGAAGCCUGCGCAAAUGAGAAUGCCCACAAGGAUUUCAAGAAGGCUGUUGGAGCACACUCCAUCGUGUACAACACUGCCAGUAACGAGCUGGUCCUGCUGUCCAUAAAUGAGUCGACCGUGAAGCGUGCAGGCUUGCUGAGCGACAUGCACUUCCGCAGUAUUCGUACCAAACUGAUGCUGAUGUCUCGAAAUGAGGAGGCCACUAAACACCUUGAGACCACCAAGCAGCUGGCAGCUGCAUUCCAGGAGGAGUUCAGUGUCCGCGAGGAUUUGAUGGGACUUGCCAUCGGAACGCAUGGUGCCAACAUUCAGCAGGCCAGGAAGGUUCCUGGGGUGACUGCAAUUGAACUCGACGAAGACACUUGCACGUUCCGAAUUUAUGGAGAGACACCCGAAGCAGUGAAACAGGCUAGAGGCUAUCUAGAAUUCUCGGAAAAUUCGGUCCAAGUGCCACGCAGCCUGGUUGGCAAAGUUAUCGGUAAGAACGGGAAAGUGAUUCAGGAGAUUGUGGAUAAGUCCGGUGUCGUGAGGGUUCGAAUUGAAGGAGACAAUGAUAAGAAACUGCCCCGGGAGGAGGGAAUGGUUCCGUUCACAUUCGUUGGCACUAAGGAGAAUCUCAUCAAUGCACAAGUACUCCUGGAGUAUCACCUGUCCUAUCUGACGGAGGUAGAGCAGCUGCGUUUGGAGAGGCUGCAGAUCGACGAGCAGCUCCGUCAGAUCGGCGUGGGGUACCGGCCACUGUCCAGUCGCGCUGACAAGGAGCGUGGAUAUGCCACAGAUGACAGCACUGCUUCCUCCAUGCAUAGCUCGCGCUCUUACAGUGGCCGGGGGAGAGGCCGGCGAGACAACAACUCUGACUUCUCCAAUGCUUCCGAAACGGAAUCGGAGCGUCGGGAUGAGACGAGCGAUUGGUCACUUGGCCAGGCAGAGGAAGACCGGGAACGCCGGCAGGGCUUGGAUACCAACCGCAGGAGGCCAACUGGAGGCCGUGGACGAGGGGGUGCCCCGAACCCGAGGGGUCGCGGUGCAGGGCGAGGGGGCACUUCCUCAAUCAGUGCAGUGCUGAAGGACCCAGACAGCAACCCCUACAGCCUGCUGGAGAAUGCAGAAACGGAUCAAACGGGGGACACGGACGCCAGCGACUCCCAUGCUAACACCAGCCGGCGCCGGCGGUCCCGCCGCCGACGCACUGAUGACGAUGUCACGAUGAUGGAUGGGGUUGUAGAGUCUGACAGUGCGUCCAUCAAUGAAAAUGGUUUGGAUGAAAUCGAGGGGAGACCCCCAAGACGUAACAGAAGCCGGCGACGUCGCAACCGUGGUAGCAGACUGGACAGUUCACUGAGCCGAGACCGGCAACCAGUUACAGUGGCCGAUUACAUUUCCCGUGCUGAGUCUCAAAGCCGACAACGCAUCUCGCAGAAGGAACGAUCAGAGAAAACUCCCCAGCCAGAGUCGGAGAAACAACUGGAGCGAGCAGACCCUGGAGAGGAGUCCAACGCUGUCCCCAAUGGCCCUGUCACUAGCCCAAACGGCAGCGCAACCAAGGAGCACGAGCAAGCUGGCCCCACCAUGAAGCAGCAGGCUGUGGUCAACGGUGUUUCGUAAAACGCCGCAGCCUCCAUCCGUGAAUCUCAGUCCCGCUUGCAUCAUGUUUAUUCAAUAGUGCUUGUCAAAGCUUGCCAAAGAUAGAAAUUGAAUACUACUUACUACCCGACUCGACACAUCACUGGCCCGCUCCUUAGCUCCGCACCGGACGGAGGUUUGAGGGGAGGAGUUCUGACGUAUAUGUGUAUCUGUUUUUUGAGAUUUAAUUAAAAAGUUCGAGGAAAUUAAAAAAAAACACACACAAAAAAACACAUUUAAAUAAAGAUGUUGUGCCUUCUGACAGUAUGAACGAAAAGUGGGGUUUUGUUUUCCGAAGUUUCGAUGGCAGAGGUCAGUGACUGAUAGAUAUCUUCAGAGGUUUGGUUCUAGAAGGUGGAUAGAUCAGUUUUUAAAAAAAAUAAAGUCUUGGUAGAGAGUGGAGGGAAAGAUGUCAGUUACUUAAAACUGUUUAAGACAAAAUAAACUUUUUUAAAAAAGAAAAGCAACAUAGGAAAUGAGUAUGCAACACUUGUGGUGAGGAGACACUGGAAAAAAAAACCAAUGCAGUCUGUAUUACUUGCACUGAUUAGUAAAUCAAAAAAACAACUAAUAUAAACGAGGGGGGAAUCAUAAUGGUAAAAUGUGAGUCAGAUCAUUGCUGGUUAGAACUGUAGAAACACUGGAAAGAAGGGAUGCAGAGAGAGAGAGAGAUGAAUGGAUCGACAAGGGCUCCAGGGACAGCAGCAGAAAGGAGAUUAUCUGGGACGUCAGAGGUAGGACAAAGCAGCUUCAUUUAAAAGGUUAAUUUAUUUUCAUUGUACAGUAUUUAAAAGAACACACUCUAAGCCUAGCUGUUUUCAUCACACUAACCUAACGCCCAGUGUCUGGUAGAGAUGUAUAACUGUGAGCUGCAGCAGUUUUUGAUACUGUUAACCCACUAUGCUGCAGGGGUGGACAGAUGGGGGUGUGUGUGAACAUGAGACGUCAUAAGCAGCAAAAAAAACUUCUAAUUUUAAAACUUUUUUCCCCAUUUUCCUUUAUAAAUUACUUCAUGACCCAACCCUACUUACAAAAGACCCCAAGGACAGCUGUGCAUGACUCUGGUAUUGAGACCGCCACCAUCUAGCAGGAGUAGCCACUUGACUGUUGAGAGAUCUGUUACUGGCAUUGCCUUGAGGUGAUGAACGAUGCUGGCUGUGGUCUGGAGUCUGAGGUUCGAGAGGAGGGAGUGUGCAGCUUGUACUUGGUGCUUCGCCCAUUGGGCAGUUGUCUGCCGAGUGACCGGCUGCCCAGAGAGACAGGAGUGGGUCACGUUGAUUUUGGGUGGGUAUGGCCCAUAUUACGACCUUCCCACCUGUGUGGUCUGGGUGGCAAGGUUGGAACCACAAAUGAAGUAAUUUUCUUUCUCAGUGUCCAAGUUCCUUUGUUUUAUUUCACCCACUGUGCAUCUUGGACAGUUCAAAGGAUGUGUGAGCCUGCUCUGUGGUGUUGGUUUGGAUCUGUUCUGUACACUCUGGCUGUUUUAACACUUGGAAACCCAGAAGUCAUCUGAGCCGCAGGUUUCCUGUCUCCAACUGUCUUGUGUAUGAGAUCCCAAACUAUGUUUGUCUUUUAGUUUUGUUUUUCUAUUUUUUUUAUUUUCUUUGGUUGAUGUGCAAUAUGUUUUUUUGUAUGCAAGUAGUUCAGAAAUAAAGUGUGAUCUUCCAUCUUCUAAAAGGCUGAC